AUGAUCCAACAAGGUGUCACGUCCUAUCGUCCUAUUGCGCCCAAGAGUGCCAAGGAGGAUGGAGAUCGAGAUUCUACUCCCCCGGGCUCAUCCUCCGGCAAGAAUAGUGGGAAGACGCGGCGAGCAUCUCACGCGUGCACUGAGUGUCAGCUAUUGCGAUCCAGGUGCACCCUAGACAAAGCAGAACCUCCCUGCGUUCGUUGCCGGAUCCACGGCCGUGUCUGCAGGUUCGAAAACAAGGACAAGCGCCACAAGGAGGCCGAGAGGCGUACCGAGCAACUGCUGGGGUUCUACCAAACCAUAGUGGAGGGCGUCAUGGAUUUAUUGCGGAUGGAGAGCGAUGAACUCACACAGGAGGUUUUGACCAGAGUAAGGCAGCCCGACGGGUAUGCGAGCCUUUAUGCCCUGGUGCAACAGCACCUGCCGCCCCGCAGUCCUCGGGAAACAGAUGAGUUUGAUAGCCAGGGGUCUAGCGACGAGUCAAUCUCCAACUUGCCGGACAUCGUGACGGGGGAUGUACAGAACACCUACUGA